AGCUCAACAGAUGUAAGCAGCCCUGUCUUCUCUAACCUCUCAGCUCAAAUAUGGGACACUUCAAGACACGAGUAUUGAUCAUCUCCUGCUUAUUGUUUACGUGUUAUGAAGCAGAAAAAUUAAAAACCAGAGGUCUGCGCCAGAAGGAUGUUGACUACAUAGAGAAAUAUUCCAGCUGCCUCCAGGGUCCAGCAGGCACCCCGGGAAGGGAGGGAAAUCCAGGAGUGAAUGGAAUUCCAGGUACUCCUGGUCUACCGGGCCGAGAUGGUGCAAAAGGAGAGAAGGGUGAGUGUGUGACGGAGAGGUUUGAAGAGCCGUGGAAACCCAACUACAAGCAGUGUGCCUGGAACGCUCUCAACUACGGCAUUGACCUGGGCAAAAUUACAGAGUGUACGUUCACUAAGAAGCAUGCAGACAGUGCUCUCCGUGUGCUGUUCAGCGGCUCACUCAGACUGAAGUGUAAGACAGCUUGUUGCCAGCGCUGGUACUUCACUUUUAAUGGGGCAGAAUGUGCUUCUCCGCUGUCUAUAGAGUCCAUCAUUUACCUGGACCAGGGAAGUCCAGAAUUCAACUCCACCAUCAACAUACACAGAACCACGUCAGUUGAAGGUUUAUGUGAAGGAUUGCGGAAAGGCCUGGUGGAUGUUGCGAUCUGGGUGGGAACCUGCGGAGACUAUCCACACGGAGACGCUUCCACCGGCUGGAAUUCUGUUUCCCGCGUGAUCAUAGAAGAGCUUCCUCUGAGCAGCUGAGUCCAGAAACGUCCAAGCACUUACUGUCCUAUGACAUUCUGAACUGCUUACUACACUCUUCUAAAGGUUCUUUAUUGGCUUUGACGGUUCCAUGGAACCUUUUAAUUCCACAAAAUGUUCUUUAAAGUUCCAAAAAGGUGGUUUUUCACAGUGAUGUCAUAGAACCAUCAUCUUUGGUUCCUUAGUUCUCAAAAUAAUCUUUUUUUCUUAGUGUGCUGAACAUUUGUAUCAUCUAAAGCAGGGGUCUUCAAACAGUCUGGUUCAUAAAGUCAAUGGCAGCACCAUUUUACAGUUACAGUUUCACUGUUUCCGCAGUAUAAAGUGAGCAAAACAACAGAUCUGUGCACACCACCACGCUCAGGUCAUUACUGUAUAUCUUUAUUUAGAACCAUUCAAACCAUUUUCAGAGACAUAAAUCUCUAGAUCUACAGAUGAUGAGGUUAUUUUUACUUUAUUGGUAUCAAUAGUUUCACAAAGAAUCUUUACCAUCCAUGGAUCCUUUUCGUUUCACAAAAGGUUCUUUAGAUUAUUAAAACGUUCUUCACACUCAGAAAAAAACAUGGUUCUUUUAAGAACUGUUCACUCCUUGGGAA